GUCAGUCGAGUGGAAACGCGGGAAACGCGUGUGCAUGAUAGUCAAGUGGUUUAGCUCGUUACGCUUUUCUUCUCAAAAUUAAAUUGUGCUCCGUAACGAGAUGUGCGAAAAUAUACAAGGGACAUUCGUCUCGGAGAAAGUUUCGAAGAUAAGAUGGAAACAUGAGGAUUACGAGGAAGCAUCUAAUUUUUUAGCCGGCAGUUGGGAUGAUCCGGUAAAUAAAGUAACUCACUGGACAUUUCAAGUGAACGAUGACGGUGAAUCGUAUCCGGCAGUAGUUUCAUCGUACCCCGUUUUCGGAGAUGUUACCGAAAUAAAGUUCAUUUCAAAAGACUUUUUCGUCGUCUCAACGUCCGUAGGAACUGUUAGACUGUUCCAGAUCCCUGAGAAUCCCUAUUCCCAAUUUAAAGAUCACAUGUCUUGGGAAUUCAUACAUAAAUUUGAGAAAACAAAUGAUCGUGCAUCUUGCACUGGACUGUCUACGUUCGAACAGGAUAUAGUUUCAGUGGGAGAAGAUGGAAAGAUCAAUCUCCUAACAGCUGGACAAAAGAAGCCAGUCAGAGUUAUUGACAAUGCUGACAGUUGUUCGAUAUAUUGCGUUGAUUUCUUAAGGCAUAGCGAGAUACUUACAGGGAACUUGAGGGGAAACAUGAAAGUAUGGGACUUAAGAAAUGAUCAAGACAUUCCUGCCACAACAUUUAUGCUUUCUGAUCAGGCAAAAACAGAAGCUACGAGCAUUGCUCACCAUCCGACUCAAAGACAUAUCGUCGUAGCUGGCGGCGGUGAUGGGAGUUUAACAGUGUGGGACUUGAGGCAUAAUACGUAUCCGAUUUCUCAAUUAAAUGCUCACGGUAAAUCUGUUAGUGAAAUACUCUUCCACCCUGAUAGGCCAGAAAAUCUGUUUACGUGCUCUGCUAGCGGUGAAUUAUGGCAUUGGAAUAAUGCGCAACAUUCGAAACUAAGUUUGGAUCCCACGAAUACGCACUGGUUAAAUACAAUCGGUACAAAUGGCAAAGUGAACGUAACGUCGCUCUGUAACGUUAUGCACAAACCGAUAAAUACUAUUGAUAUCGAUAGAUCAACGUUACUUUUCGGAUGCGAUAAUGAAGCAAUAGAUGGGUCAACCACAUCCAACAGUACUACUAUACCCUCGACAGCACCGAAAAAUCAAGUUCAAUUGAACCCUUAUAAUGGUUUGCCUUACACACCACGAUAUCAUGAGUUUUAUAAAAAGAGAAUUACCUUGCCUGUAUUCGAAUACCGUACGGAUUUUAUGAGGCUGUUAGCACAACAUCAAUGUAUUGUACUUGUCGGAGAGACGGGAUCGGGUAAAACUACGCAAAUACCGCAAUGGUGUGUGGAAUAUUCAAGAUGUAUAGGCCCGAAAGGUGUAGCAUGUACUCAGCCGAGGAGAGUGGCAGCUAUGUCUGUCGCACAAAGAGUUUCGGAAGAAAUGGAUGUUGCGCUAGGUCAAGAAGUAGGGUACAGUAUUCGUUUCGAAGAUUGCAGUUCCCUAAAAACUGUAUUGAAAUACAUGACCGACGGUAUGCUUCUUCGCGAAGGCAUGUCAGAUCCUAUGUUGGAUGCCUACCAAGUGAUACUGUUAGACGAAGCUCAUGAAAGAACUUUAGCCACAGACUUGCUUAUGGGUGUGUUAAAAGAAGUGAUCAAACAGAGGCCAGAUUUGAAGCUUGUGAUCAUGAGUGCGACCUUGGAUGCUGGCAAAUUUCAACAGUAUUUCGAUAAUGCACCUUUAAUGAACGUACCUGGCAGAACUCAUCCUGUUGAGAUAUUUUAUACGCCUGAACCGGAGAGGGAUUACCUAGAGGCUGCUAUCAGGACUGUUAUUCAGAUACACAUGUGCGAAGAAGUGGCAGGGGAUUUGCUUCUGUUCUUAACUGGUCAAGAAGAAAUAGAGGAAGCAUGCAAAAGAAUCAAAAGAGAAAUGGAUAAUCUAGGUCCGGAGGUGGGCGAGCUCAAGUGCAUACCGCUCUAUUCUACGCUACCUCCGAACCUCCAGCAGAGAAUUUUCGAGCCAGCACCGCCUACGAAACCUAAUGGUGCUAUCGGUAGAAAAGUAGUGGUUUCUACUAAUAUCGCAGAAACGUCUUUAACCAUCGACGGCGUCGUGUUCGUGAUAGAUCCCGGAUUCGCAAAGCAGAAGGUGUAUAAUCCCAGAAUUCGUGUAGAGUCUCUUCUGGUUUCCCCUAUCAGCAAAGCUUCUGCUCAGCAAAGGGCUGGCAGAGCUGGCCGAACUAGACCGGGCAAAUGUUUCCGAUUAUACACCGAGAAAGCAUAUAAGAAUGAAAUGCAAGAUAACACUUAUCCUGAGAUUUUGAGAUCCAAUCUCGGAAGCGUUGUGUUACAAUUAAAAAAACUGGGUAUCGACGAUUUGGUACAUUUUGACUUCAUGGACCCGCCUGCGCCAGAGACUCUCAUGAGAGCUUUGGAACUACUUAAUUAUUUAGCUGCUUUGGACGACGAUGGAAACCUGACCGAUUUGGGUGCUGUCAUGGCAGAGUUUCCAUUGGAUCCGCAACUAGCGAAGAUGCUCAUCGCAUCGUGCAAUCAUAACUGCAGUAACGAGAUACUGAGCAUUACUGCCAUGUUGUCAGUCCCGCAGUGUUUUGUGAGGCCGAAUGAAUCGAAGAAGGCCGCCGACGAUGCUAAAAUGCGAUUUGCACAUAUCGACGGAGAUCACUUGACGUUAUUAAACGUGUAUCACGCUUUUAAACAAAAUUUCGAAGACCCUCAGUGGUGUUACGACAAUUUCGUUAAUUACCGAUCUUUAAAAAGCGGUGACAAUGUUAGGCAACAACUAAGUAGAAUAAUGGACAGAUUUUGUCUAAAACGUACAUCGACGGAUUUCACAUCAAAGGAUUACUAUAUCAAUAUCAGAAAGGCACUUGUGAACGGUUUCUUCAUGCAGGUGGCUCAUUUAGAGAGGACAGGUCAUUAUUUGACCAUCAAAGAUAAUCAAAUUGUACAGCUUCAUCCGAGCAGUUGCUUGGAUCAUAAACCCGAGUGGGUGAUUUAUAACGAGUUCGUGCUUACGACCAAAAAUUAUAUCAGAACAGUUACUGAUAUCAAACCUGACUGGUUGUUGAAAAUAGCACCACAAUAUUACGAUUUACAAAACUUCCCCCAAUGCGAGGCGAAACGACAAUUGGAAGUGAUUCAAACAAAGUUAGACUCUAAACAGUACCAGGAAGGAUUCUAACCCUUAUAUAUUUUAGCUAUCUUCAAAAAUGGUGUCGAGCGAUUGAUAACACGAUCUAUUUUCGCCGUCGAGUUGAACACUCGAUUUUUUCAAAUAUACAGCCAAACGAAACCACAUACAUUAAACAUUACGAGACACAGCCGAAAGAGCAGCCGUCUGCUCUGUAUUUUCACUUCAAAAAAACUGAAUGUAAAGAAAAAGACAAAUUUUAACGAACGUUUCUAAUUUUGUACAAGCUUUAACUUGUACAUUUUUUUAGGCUCGUGUGCCGAGGAAGUUUUCAAUGUUCGUAGAAGUAAUUCUAAUCGUAAACGUGAAACAUAAAAUGAGAAUUGUCCUUUAAUCUGCUAGAAGGCACGCGGAAGUCAUAGUUGAUUGAUAAAUUGUUUAUUUAUGUACAUUUAAAAAAAAGGAGUUUAGUGACUAAGUAAUUUUACUGGUAGAAUUUGUUGAUCAACGUCUGCACACUCGAAAUGUAAUACUAGAUAAAAGAAUAGAUUAAUUUUUGUAUUA